CGUUUCCGUCGACAUUAUCAAACUUCAGUUUUGAGUUUCCAUAAUUUUCCCCAAAUCUCUUCUGUUACAGAAAGACAACGGGAGGAGGGUACACCAUUCAUUCAUUCUUCAUUUAUAUAUUUGAACGAGAUAUUAUCUCAUCCCGACAUUCUCUAUUGUUUUUUACUCUCUGCUGUGUCAUGGCAGGUGUCUCUUCUUCUAUCAGAAAUUCGCAUUCAUCAAAUCAGAUAUUUGCUUCUCGUCUUCUAUUUAUUCUUACAGCUCUACCAUUAACCCUCGCUGCAUUUGCUUUUAUUCUUCAAUGGAGAGGUGGUUUAAAUAACGAUCCUACUACACGUUGGGCUACAGAUAAUCAUGAAUUUCCUGGGAUGGGAGGAAGUUCUGCUCCGUCAGACCAUCUUUCUCAUUCUUCUUCUGAUUGUUCUUUACUUCUUGGUCAUUCUUCGUCCCCUUCAUUUCCUUGCUAUCGAGAUUGGAAGUUCGAUUACCAAUCCGAUCUGAAACCCAAGAUAUGUAUCACGACGAGCACAUCGGCUGGCUUAGAACAGAUUCUUCCAUGGAUCUUUUAUCAUAAAGUCAUUGGAGUUACGACCUUCUUUCUGUUUGUGGAAGGGAAGGCUGCAUCUCCAACAGUUUCUGCCAUCCUAGAAUCCAUUUCUGGUGUCAAAGUAAUUUACAGAACAAGGGAGCUAGAGGAGAAACAAGCUAAAAGCCGGAUCUGGAACGAGACUUGGUUGGCUAGCUUCUUUUACAAACCGUGUAACUAUGAGCUUUUUGUCAAGCAAUCUCUUAAUAUGGAGAUGGCUAUUGUCAUGGCAAGGGAUUCUGGUAUGGAUUGGAUCAUCCAUCUUGACACUGAUGAGUUAAUACAUCCAGCAGGUGCCAGUGGGUACUCUUUGAGACAGUUGCUCUUGGAUUUGCCUAGUAAUGUGGAUAUGGUUAUCUUUCCAAAUUAUGAAAGUAGUGUUGAACGAGAUGAUAUCCAGGAACCUUUUAGUGAAGUUUCGAUGUUUAAGAAGAAUUAUGACCAUCUUCCAAAGGAUACAUACUUUGGCAUGUAUAAAGAAGCAACACGUGGUAAUCCAAACUAUUUUCUUACUUACGGAAAUGGAAAAUCAGCUGCUCGUGUUCAAGAUCAUCUCCGUCCUAAUGGUGCACACAGAUGGCACAACUAUAUGAAGUCUCCAAAUGAGAUUAAAUUGGAUGAGGCGGCUAUUCUGCAUUACACGUACCCAAAAUUUUCGGACUUGACUUCUAGACGUGACCGGUGUGGCUGCAAGCCUACAAAAGAGGAUGUCAAACGAUGCUUCAUGCUGGAAUUCGACAGAGCGGCUUUCAUAAUUGCUUCGACUGCAACGGAGGAUGAAAUGCGGCGGUGGUAUCAUGAGCACAUUGUAUGGUCUGACAAAGCUUUAAACAUGAAGCUGAUGAGGAAAGGCAUUUUGACCCGCAUAUAUGCUCCCAUGGCGAUAAUUCAGGGAUUGAGGGAGUCUGGUGCAUUCAGGUCCGUGAUAGAAGCAUCUUUAUCGAAGGGAAGUUUAGUGUCAUCUUCUAACAAGACCAGCAACUCGUCUGGAGAUCAUAUUUCAUCAUCAGAAAGUACACUGUCCUCGAGGAAAAUGGGUAAAAUUACGGUAUCUCAGGCAACAGUGAGGAAGGUCUUGCAAAUUGCAAGUAACAUAAGCUUUGCUUCUUACGCUGUAGCUGCAAUUCCACCACUAUCCCCUCCAGGCUUGGAUGAUCACCAUAAGGGAGAAGAGCUAUUGUCAUUGUAGGUGUUCUCUCAAGAAGGUUAUCUUCUUUCUAACAUGACAGUUUUGAUCUAAAGAACGGGGAUGGGGUUUGCUGGUGCUGAUGCUGGGUCUCUUAGAUUCUUCCAGACUGUCGUCCAAGUGCCGGUGUAUAUUGCAGGUUUAGGGGAUAUUGGUAGAAAGAUAGAGUGAGGUCCGGAUAAAACCUCAUCGUCGCGGCACUGUUGUGUGAUCUAUUAGGCGCUUUUAGAGGUUAAGCAUACAGAAGAAGCACACCUUUGUGAUGUCUAUGUAUAGGAAACAAAAAGGUAUUGCUCCGAUUAUUAACGAUUCUCAUCACACAGCAAUUUGUAACAGGAAAAGCUCAUUGUUUGCCUCUUACAUUUAACAUUUACAAGAAUCUUGGUGUAACUAGUCAAUAUUGUCCUCCCAUUGUGUAAUGGUAAAAUCUGGACACUGUAUUUUUUUUUCUUUUUUUUUUUUUUGUGCAACUGAAAGAUUGAAUUGAUUAGGAUUGAGAGAUUACAAUGUUUGCGUCC